AUGUCUCUGGCGAAAUCAGCGUUGGAGAGUAUUAAGCUUUUGAGAUUGCGGGUAUUGCCUCUAGCGCUGACCCUGCUCGCUCGAUCGCGAGCCGAGGCCUUCCAAGAAUUUCUUGCUGAGUAUCUGGGUAUUCGAGCAUUGUUUCAACCCAGUACCGCAAUGGGGUUGGCAGGCGAGAAAAGACGUGGUAAGCUGGCACAGGACCCAAACAACACUGCCUGGUCGAAAUCCACAGACGGCUUUGGACAUCGCAUCCUUUCACAGCAAGGAUGGAAGCCGGGAGACUACCUUGGUGCCGAGAAUGCUGCUCAUGGUGACCAUUAUACUGCCGCAAACGCGUCUCAUAUCAAAGUCCUACUGCGGGAGGACAAUCUUGGGCUGGGCGCGAAGCUGGGAGGUGCAGGCAAUGCUGAAACAUUCGGCUUGAGCACUUUGUCUGGUAUUUUUGGAAGGCUGAACGGCAAAAGCGAGGCGGAAGUCGAGAAGCAACAGAGUAGUCUGCGUGAUGCGGAGCUCAGGACGUAUCAGUCGCAGAAGUAUGGCCACAUGAACUUUGUGCGAGGAGGGCUGCUAGUAGGCGACAAGAUUGAGGAGUCACCGGACAACAAGCUGGCGGCCAAGACUAUUGACUCAAAAGGCGCCGGAGUAGAUCAGCUACCGGCGACGAAGAAGAAGAAGCGGAAGGUCGAAUCUGACGCGUUGGGAGUAGAUGAUGGCAAACGUUCGGAGAAGAGACGGCGGAAGGCAGAUAUCGAUACUGCACUUCCGGAGGUCGUCGAGGGUCUCAUACCUGGAGAGCCAUCAGAGUCGACCGACAAGGAACUUCUGAAGGCAGCGAAGCGGUUGCGAAAGGAGAAACGCCGAGCCGCAAAGCAGGACGAGCCCACCGAGGUAGAGAACGAGAAAACUCGCUUGAAGCAGGAGAAGAAAGCACGAAAAGAAGAGCGCAGGCUGCGAAAGGAGCAGAAACGAUUGGGGAAGGCUGCGAAGUCGGCGGACGACGAUCUAACAAGCUCCACGACAGCAUCGUCAAAUGCGUUGACCACACCAGUGGUGAGCGAACUGCCAUCAGGCACAUCCACUCCUACAUCUGGAUUGUUCGCAGGCAGUCGACAUGCCGUACGACAGCGAUAUAUUAUGCAAAAGAGAGCCGCUUCAAUGGACCCGAAGGCUUUGAACGAGAUCUUGAUGAUCAAAGCCAUAGGAUGA